GUGACUUCCUUUCUAACAAAAUAUACAUUUUACAGUGUUUAACAGAGCUCAAAAUCGAAAUACACCAAUAAAACCCUAACAAUGACAUGUUUUACUCUGUGUACGCUGUAGAAUCACGGCGGUUUUGAUCUCAGUAAAGCGGAACUGAUGCGCCUGGCGUUUGGUUUCCUCCGGAUCGCUACAAAAUAUAAACAUUGCUGGAUCCGAGCAGGUUUGCAGUAAAUGAAGCCGCUAUGAGGUUUGCUAACAGGCUGUUCAGCAGUGAAUGGAGGAGGUUUUUGAGCAGGGAUGUGUCCUCAUACACACAAGGACAGAGUCCAGAGGCGAGGAUCAGAGAGUAUUUCUACUAUAUCGACCAUCAAGGACAGCUGUUUCUGGAUGACACCAAGGUGAAGAACUUUGUCACCUGUUUCAAAGACCAGCACUUCUUAGUGUUCUUCUUCAACCGUCUGAAGGUCAACCAGAGCGGCCGAUAUGACCAGGACUUCCCCUUCCUCUCGCUCUGCGGACGCGAGCGCAAUUUCCUGCGCUGUGAAGACCGGCCCGUUGUGUUCACGCACCUGUUAUUGGAGGCGGGGCAUGAGGAGUGUCUGUCAUACUGUGGAGGCGGAGCCAAACUCACCGUUCCGUUCCGCCCAGAAUCUCUCUUCAUGCACCCGGUCAGCGGUAGAGUGUACCAUCCCGGACCUGAGCGGGGGGGAGGCGUGGGGUUGGUGCGGUCAGCGCUGGCCAUUGAGCUGAGCACUCACUUUGAGUACGCCACGGGUCAGGAGAGCACGGGACAGCCCACUCAUUUCAUAUGGGCGGGGCAUCCACGCACUCUAACCAAUGAGCUGGCCAAACAAUUUCCUGUUCAAACAGAUGAAUGUGUGAAGCUGCAAUGAUUCACUCAACCUACUAAUGCAUUGUGAUUAUUAAAAUCCUGCUGAAAUUAAUGUAUAUUUAUGUAUAAUGUAUAUUCUAAACAUACUGCUGAAAUAAAUGUGUAUAU